ACCUGCACCUGCACUUGCACCUUCCUGCCUGCGCUGCACCUGCAACUUGCGUCCGCACUGGCAUCCAAUCGCUCCUUCCUCUUUCUUAAUCCACCAUUAGUGCAGACUACCUCACCUUACAACGGCAACAGCAAGAGCGACAUCAGCCCAGGGCAGCUUCCUCGCCGUUGUUUCUGGCGGCUCUUUCCCUCCUUAAUGCAGCCUUGGUUGUUCCUUGCCUCCUUCUAAGAUUGUUUUCCGUUUUUUUUCGGCAUCCGACGCCGCGCUUCUCGUCGGCGCAAUUGGCCCGAAUUUCAACAUCUUUUUUUUCCUUUUCCUCUCUUCCUCUUUCUUCUCAUUCCGUCCGUUCGUUCACCUGGGACUCGAGUUUGUCUUGCACUUUCUUUCCUGUCUACUUUUUCCUCAAGGUGCCAAGCAGAGCACCGCAAACUUCCCAUUCGUUCCAUCGCUCGGCCACUCUCGACCGUAUUUCAACCUACUCGCACGCUGACUGCACGAUACUGAGACGAUCCGUCUGUCAAAGAGUAACCAAUCACCAACCGUUUCCGAUACCCGACCGCCGUCUUUCUUUGCUUCUGCCUCGUGGCAGCGUCGCCCAAAAUCUGACGCACGAGUCAAUCGCCCUUUCGUCUCCGAGACACUUCAAACUUGGCGCCGCCACGAAUGCCCAACUCGCCCUGAUACUUUCAGUGCCACCAAAACAAAAAGAAGGAGACCAACGCCUUGCACAAUUGGGGACUGGAACCCUUGAGGAAUCCCGUCAUCGUUUCUCGACCUUCGACAAGUCCUCUUUUAUUGUUUUUUUCUUGUUUUCAUAUUCCCGUUCUGGGCUUGAGCCAAUGACGACGCCCCCGUCUGGGUCCAAACGCUCGCUUCAGUUUUAGCAUCUUCAUCUGCGACAACAGGCAUCCGCCCCCAAAGGAGAUUCAGGUCUCCCCCCAAAACACUUCCGCCAACCACCAUCCUUUCGUCCAAUCCAAUUCAACAUCUCUGGCCGACUGGGGACUUUCAGAGGAGCACUGGAGACCUGCCACAACACCACAAUACUACCCAGCGUGCCAGCCUACCGCACCACCCGGAUCGGAUACCGCUCCCUUGCUUUCUCCUCACUUUGCCCACCACGGCGAAAGACGACGACAAUCUCCUGCAUCUGCAAUUGAUCCGUCUGUACUUGCCUGAGCGCCUCGUCGCCGGCUCUCUGCAUCUGUUGUUUCGCAACUCCCGGCCUACUACCUCCCAGCUCAAACGACGCCCAUUGACUCAGCUGUUGGUCGAUCUCUGACGUCCAACUUCACCCCUUACAUCCAGCCCCCAGUUUGCAUGCGCAUGCGCAUGAACUGUACUCAGGGUAUCACCUCGUCUCCUACGCCCUGUGACGCUGGAAACCUGCCAUUCCUUGCUCGACUCGUCCCGAUAGUCACCCUUUUUUCUGCACCACCUUCGCACCGACCGUUCUUCAUCCCGCCAUAUCCCGGCUACCAGCAGCGAUCAACCACUGGAACCAGCCCCGCCCGACCAAUACCCGUCGCGACCUGCUGAGACUAUUCAAAGAGGGUUGCUGCCAAACGCAAGGUUUAUGCAUGUGCCGCAAUGCUAUCGUCAGGAACGCUUUUGACUGCCCUACCACAAUCAACUUGCAAAACCAUUACAGAUACUUGACUUCGCUAUCGUAACACCAGUUACAAUCAACUACAACUUUGCCGACAAAGAGACCCGCAAAGGAACACCGUCACUGGCAGUCUCAACGCGUUGUCUGCGAAUCCAAUUGCUCGAGUAAAACUUGCUGCUGCCAUAUAACGGCCUGGGGAGUCAGCCACGAUGACCCUCAUGGCCAUGGCAGCGGACUCUGGCCAUCCCGACGCCCAGAUCACCCCCGGAGCCAUGGCGGAUCAGGACCCUACCGUCCAGCGCCAGAAUAGCAUGAAGCAUCGCCAAUUCGGUAUUUAUGCUUCAAGGCGGACCCAUCCGAAACCCAUCUCAACUUCUGACGUUCCAGAGCGUCCCAACUCCGACUUCCCAGCAGCCUACCCACCACAUGCACAUCCCUUGCCCACAUCCCCUCCGCGCUGGGACUCGCUCGCCAACAACUCGAGCAAUUUUGGGAUGCAACAAAACUCGACGAGCCCCCAGUCGCAGCCUCAGUCCCCUCGACGUCCUACCUAUGAUUCCGCCCAGCACUACCCCUCCUCCCCUACGUUCCCCUCGCUGGCACCGAGGCCGGGUCACGACCUUGACGACGACUUGAGCGCCGACGAAUGGACAAGCAGAGCCGCUCGCUCGAUCAGAUCACCGAUCCCGUACGACGAAGACGACCGUUCCUCGAUCGACACCAUGCAGGUCGACAACUUCUCUCGCCCGAGAAGGCCGAGCAUCAAGCAACCGAUACAAGACUCAUACCGACCUAGAGCCAACUACUCUCCUUCAGAGCCGCGUUCUGACCCCAAUUCCCAUCAUCAAGCAUGGCCGCGGCCACGGGGUCAGUCCGGAUCAUCUGCAAGGUCGGCCUCGACGUUUGCCUCGAUUCCAGCAUCGGGAGGUGACCUCUAUGAACCUCGCGCCCCCUCUCGUCUACGAAGUGCCCCGCCUCCGUCAGGCCUCACCCGUCCUCCAAUGGCCUACGGUCGUGUCGACAGCUCGAGCUCUGGCCUAUCUACAUAUGCCAGGGAGGCGCCAUGGAUGAGUGGUGAAGACGAGAUGAGAUCGAGUUACAGAUCUCAGAUGACUGCGUCCAGUGCACAGGGAACGUACGUGACGGAAAGAAGCAGUGUUCUCACCAAGAAUAGCUCGAUUCCAUCGCUGUACGCUAACGGGGAGGAGCUUAGUGUCGACGACGUUAUGGGGAUGUACGAAAAGGGCUUCCGAGACGACUCGAGCCCCGAAGACCACGACGACGACGACGUGCGUCCCGUUCCGGCGGCGGAGAUCAACAGGCGGAACACGAGAAUGUUGGAGGCUCUGAGUCAACCAUUGACCGCGCCCGCCGCCACCUCAUUGACUGUCCCGACUUCGGACACAAUCGUUCGCGAAUCGACCGAGAUGUUCAGGGUAUCUGAAUACCCAGCAUCUUUGCCAAAGGAGCUCGGCUUGACGGACUAUGAUCGAAACAACGAUAACAAAGAUACUAAUGAGAAGCGAGACUCUGCCAAGUCUCUUCAGGCCGACACACCAGCUACGUCUCCGCAGCUGAACAGCCCAUCAACCUCUUCUGCGCGAACGGCCGUAGAUCUCGAGCCAGUCGAAAUCGAAGACCCAGGCGCACGAGACCGAUAUGGCUUCAAGAAGGCCAACCAACAUAUCACCAGGAAACAGUAUGAUGCCUGGGACAAGGGUUACUCUGACUACCUUGACCGACGGCGCAAGAAGUGGACUACUUUCAUGAAGGAAAGUGGACUGAUGACGAACCAACCUGAACGAUUCCCUCCCCAUAGUGCGAAGGCGAAACGUUUUGUGCGGAAAGGCAUUCCGCCCGAGUGGAGAGGGGCUGCCUGGUUUUACUACGCAGGAGGCCCCGCCAUUUUGGCGAAACAUUCAGGUCUAUACGACACUCUCCUGCAGAAGAAGGCGAAAGACAUUGAUGUCGAGGCUAUUGAGCGAGAUCUUCACCGGACAUUCCCGGACAAUGUCAAGUUCAAGCCUGCAAGCAUGGCGUCGAAGCCAAACACGGAACCAACUCGGGACAUUCAGUUAACGGACGACUCCGAGAGCGAGGCCAAGAAUGAGCCUGCGAUCAUUACUUCCCUGAGACGGGUCCUGCACGCAUUUGCUAUUUACAACCCACGCAUCGGAUACUGCCAAAGUCUCAACUUCCUAGCUGGCCUGCUCCUUCUGUUCAUGGAUUCGGAAGAAAAGGCCUUCUGGCUGUUGAAUGUCAUUACCCGCCUAUACUUGCCCGGCACCCACGAGAUGAGUCUCGAAGGCUCCAAGGUGGACCUUGGUGUCUUGAUGAAUGCCAUCAGGGAGUCCAUGCCUGCUGUUUGGGCCAAGAUUGGCGACGAUAUGGAAGGCGACCCGAACGCAGCGCGGCCGGUGAAGCCAGUCAAGAAGCCAAGGGUCAGGAGGAAGAACCAACCCAGCAUCUCGUCCAACCGCCUGCCGCCCAUCACACUUUGCAUGACGGCGUGGUUUAUGAGCUGUUUCAUUGGUACCCUGCCUAUUGAGAGCACAUUGCGUGUAUGGGACGUCAUCUUUUACGAAGGCUCCAAGACUCUUUUCCGCAUUGCCUUGGCUAUCUUCAAGCUUGGAGAAAACGAGGUUCGAUCUGUCACGGAUCCCAUGGAGAUGUUUUCCGUGAUCCAAGCCAUGCCUCGCAAGCUGCUGGACGCCAAUGCACUAAUGGAGGCUUGUUUCAAGCGUCGCAACGGUUUUGGGCACAUCAGUCAAGAUACAAUCGAUACGCAGCGGGAAGAAAGGCGUGUAAAAGUCCAGACAGAGCAUCAAAGAGCCGCCACGUACGCAGGCGCCGUGGACAGCGCCAACGCUACGGAAGCCGAAGGCGAGGUCCGUAGGAAAGGCACCAUUUUUGGACGUAGGAGGCUGGGCAGAUCGGCAGAGGUAUCGUGAGCCGGCCACAGAGGAGGAACAAAAGUUGCAUGCAUGCAUUAAGCCACGGCGUUUAAGGGAAUAUUUGCAUUUCAAGGGUAAUGACUACAUGGCAUGCGGCACCAUUGGGAAGCGAAAACGGAUAUCAUUCUAGAAGAGGGCGGCGCGGUCACGCCCCUAGCAUAUUGGAUUUUUGGUUCGGCAUAGAACAUAUGUGGAGGAAGUGCCCGAACGGGUGAAGAACAGUCUCACCAAGUUGUAGAUACGAUGUCUGUUAGCAUCACACAAUGCCCAAG